AUGUUAUUCACUUGUUUCAGGUCAAUUAAGAGCGUUAUAUCUUAUAGUUUUUAAUAUCGUCCAAACUAUAGGAUUUGUAUAUGUUCUUUAUAUAAUGGGAGUGUUGUACAAAAAACUAGGAUAUGCUUCAUUUGCCAUUAUCUAUGACCAGUUAGGACUUGCAGUGAAAUUAUUACACGUUAUGCAAAUACUAGAAGUGGUUCAUCCGAUCAUUGGUUUUACAAAGGGUGGACCAACAGUGCCCUUCUUUCAACUCUUAGGCAGAUUGUUCAUACUAUUUAUGAUGUUGGAUGAGCCGAGAAUGCAGACGAAACCCGUCGUACCUUAUUUGUUUAUGGUAUGGGGGACCAUUGAGGUUAUUAGACACGCAUACUAUGUAUCCCAGCUGCUCAAUAAAGAAAUAUCCCUUUUGACAUGGCUUAGAUAUUCCGCGUGGAUGCUACUAUAUCCCAUGGGAAUUUUCGGGGAAGCUACUGUGAUGAUCAAGAACUUGCCUUACUUACAAGAAACUAUGAGGUUCACCAUAAUAAUGCCUAAUACCUGGAACAUGUCUUUUGAUACAAUAUUUCUAUUGAAGUUACAAAUUUUUGCAUUAGUCUGCCCUAUAAUGUAUAUGUUGACCAGCCACAUGUAUAGGAUGAGAGUUAAGAAAAUGGCUGAUUUUACAUUUACACCUAUUUUUACUAAAACACUAACAACAUAAAUAAAAAAUUAAAAUAUAAAUUUAACUGAACUAGAUUAUAAUUUGUACCUAUUUAUUAAAUACAGGAUUAUGUUAACCCUUAAAAAUCAGUCAUUUUUAACUUUAUUUUAUUUUUAAUAAAAGCUUUUCAUAAUA